AUGCCAUCAUCGCAUACGUCGAUCGACGAGGAUGCAAAAAGCACUACCAAGCACAGCGAAACAGCAUCGAUAGAUGGCAAAAAAGAGGACGACCAGAAUGUCAUGAUUGGCGCGGUGGGCGCCACAUGGAAGGAGAAGCUCACAGUGGUCCUCACCACCCUGUUCCUGACGUUUGGCGCCAAUUACACACUGGCGGCGCUGCCUGUGCUCAAGCCGGUGAUCCUCAAAAACACGUAUUACCGGGGGCAUCUCAUUGAUAAUGCCAAGUAUGGUGUCAUGACAUCUGCCUCCAAUCUCAUUAAUACGGUGCUACCGUUUUUUUCGGGCGUGUUGGUCGACGUAUAUGGCCCCAGCUACAUUGCGUUAUUUUGCUCGACAUGCAUCGCGGUAGGCAAUCUUGUGCUAUCCCUCGGUGCAUCGCGGGGCGAAUUCAACAUGAUCAACGGCGGCGAGAUUCUCAUGGGGAUCGGCAAUGUUACGAUUCACAUGUGUCAACUCAAGAUUUAUGCACACUGGUUCCGUGGCUCGACGGUGGAUGGACCAGGCUUGCUGGGCCUCGUGACGGGAUUCGACGUCGCUAUCGGGCGCGUGUUUGGUCUUAUGGGCGCGCUGAUACCAGCUCCGCUGAUGGAAGCGACGGGCAAGUGGUACUGGGGCCUCUGGCUCGGAUUCAUCUUCAGCAUCUUUGCAUGGGCGCUGUGUCUGGUAUACGUUUUGCAUGAACGUACGCUGCCUGCGCCCCGGAAAAUAGCCCAGUCCAUGCUUCACCGACGCUGCAUGUCGCCCUGGCAGCACGUCACCGCAUUCCUGGGCCAGUUUUGGGACCACGUCGUUCAGGUGCCCGCCGCGUUUUGGAUCCUCGUUCUUGUACAGCUUCUCCAAACCGGUGCUGUUGCCUCGUACGAGUCGAACACGGUCGAUAUGAUGGUCGUGACCCGCGGCGAGGACAAUGUGGCGUCGCUCAAGUCGGCGGCGUACAAGUACUCCAUGCACUAUGCCAUACCCAUUGUGCUCACGCCCAUCGUGGGCCUCGGUUUCGACAAGCUGGGCUACCGAAGUGCUGCCAUUUCGGUGUGUGCCUGUUUCUACAUCAUAGCCAUGUCAUUGAUGGGCUUUUCCCAGGUGCAUCCUGUCGUACCGAUGCUCUUCGAUGCAUUUGGGUACACACUGAACAGCGUGCCAUUUCUCACAACCGUACCGUUGCUUGUGCGUCGGCAAACGCUCAUGGGCACAGCGCACGGCAUUCUCAAGGCGUUCAAUGCCUCUGGCGAGACCAUCAUGCAAGUCGCAGGUGGCUCGCUCCAAGACCGAGCCGUGAGGCACGGCAAGCCCAUGCGCGAAAAGUACGACUACAUGCUGUACCUGGUGCUGACCUUCAAGGGACUCGAGGCCCUGUACGGCGGCCUCUACCACGCCCUGGACCGGCGCUACUUUGGCGGUGUCAUGCGUAUGACAGAGAAGCAGCGCGUCAAAAAAGAAGCCGAGCUCGGCGAGCAGAGCUACGGCUCACUGUGCCGGCCACAUGCUUUCUGGACGGUGCUGGGCUGCGUCACGUCUGUGCUGAUUGUGGCGGCGGCCUACGGUGUAUUUAUCCACUUCUGGAUCACGAAUCCCGACGAAAAACCUGGCACGGCCUGA